AUGAGUUCAUGGGAGGUUUUAGUUCAGAACGCUUAUAAUAAUGUACAAGACGGUAAUCUAAAGAACGCGUAUGCUGGAUACCUGAAAGCUGCUACCCUCUUACUAAACAAACUGGCCACUGAAGCUCCUACUAAAGGUGACGAUCCUUCUAUUGCAUAUACUUCAGUACUUGCAUCAGAUGCCAAUAUUAAAUCCAAUAGCAUUCGUUCAUUCCAACAGCUUAAAACAUGCAUACAACAUGCAGAGGAUAUCCUCGCAAAUCGAGUCAUAAAUGGCACUCUUCCGUCCCCACAAUCAUCCUUCAACGACGUUACCCCAUUGCAUUCACCUUCAAGCAACCUCCCAUUAGUACCAUUCUCUCCACUCACCCGCCAAUCACUCAUGACCGUAAGUGCCCUCGCCACUCUAUCCAAUAAAGUUGCAGUAACCAGACAAAAACCCGUAACCGAUUCAAACGGAAGCAGUGAGCAUGCAAACAAAGAGUUUCGUAAACACAUGGAGGAGCUCCAUUCACAGAAGGCCAGACUCGAUAAUAUCAAUGUGCAUAUACAAACUAUCUCGACUAAAUCACUGAUUCACUGGGAUGAGGACACAGUUGCGAAACAACUGACCAUUAUUGAGAGUCAACUAUUUACAAAAGUAGAUGUGAGGAAAGAUUUCUUAUCGAAAGAUAAGAAAAGGUCUUCAGUACAAGCAUGUUUGGAUUUCCAUCGAUAUUUGACUAAUAGUCUUACCCAUCAAUUUAUUAUAUUUGCUGAUACGGUGAGAUCAGGACAGAAUCCAGGGAGAAGUCAGCAGAACGACAAUAUUAUUGCUCGAGGCAUUAAAAUUGCUUAUCUUCUGCUACAUGUUUAUCGUAAUUUUAAUAGUUUUGCAGCCAUAGUGAAGGCAUUGGUUUCUCCUGAAGUACGUCGUUUACGCCGUCUAUGGGUCAAUCUUAAUACACGUACUAGUCAAAUUCUUAAGGAUCUUGUAGUGUACAUUAGUCCUGCCAAUGAGUAUAAAGCAUACAAGGAGUUUCUCAUCCAGAAGGUGGAUUCAUACCGUGAUCAUGAAGCUGGUGUGAUCAUCGUACCGUGGAUGUUACCGCACUAUGAAGAAAUUAAGAGUGUGUCUCAGACUUGCGGUGAUUCAUCAAUAGAGGCAUUAGGAGCACGUAAACGUUCCUUUAUCUUCUCAUUGCUUGAACAAUGCCAAUCUAACAUGAUUUCAGCGGAUGAUGACGAAUGGGGCAAUACACGGAAAUUGUGUUCGUCUGGAUCUCGUGCCAAGGAUACUAUGGUUGUUGAUAGUGUUACAAUGGCGUGUCCACCUGAUUUAUCUUGUUUAGGAGUUGGUGACCUUGGAGUAUAUCACUGGUUGGUGUCGCGUGUUUAUCUGACAAAGAGACAGUUGGUGGAUGAAAGUUUGGUAAUCGAGCCAUUGGUUAAUGGCGAACCAGUGCUCAGGGUAGAUGAGGAUGAGUUAUAUGAUUACAAUAGUGAUCAGAUUAGCGUUGAACACGAAGAUAGUGCGAGUGACUCUGGGGAUGCCAUUGAUCAGAAGUCUUCGUUCCAGUUCCCAGGCAGGAUACCGGUGUCUAAAACAACUGAAAGGUCGAAUGAAGAGAAUAGAAGUCUCCUUGAAUUGCAAUUGUCGGAUAAUAGAUCAUUACUUAGUUCAUUAGAACCAUAUGUGAUUCGUGGAGAGUCAUCCACCGAUGGUAAUAGUGAUAAUAAUAGAUUGAAUGAGACAACAAAGGGGAAUUCCAGUACAGCCACUGGUUCGCCAUUUGAUCUUUUGUCGCUUGACAAAACACAGACAAAGACAACAGUUACCAGUUAUACCCCAUCUGUUUCUCAUGGUACAAGUACACCGGCAAUCAACAUACCACAGACGUCAUCACGUUCCCAUCCAACUCAGUCAUCGCUUCCAUCUGACUCAUCAAAGUCACUCAAUCCAAAUGCGCCUGCAUUUGUUCCUCGUAGCUUUGGUUCCAAAUCCAAUCCACUUACGGUGACUGGAUUUACUGUUCCUAAGACGACUCUUUCGUCCAGUCUGAAUGAUAAAUUCGUAUAUACUCCAUCGGCUACGAAUGGGAAGACAAUUAAUGGGAAUGACGAGGAUGAUGUUGGGUUUGUAUACUUGGGUGCCGAUAGCAAUACCAACAACACUGCUGGUGUUGAGGAAGACGAUGAGAAGUUCGUGUACACGCACAAAGAGACUAACAUGGAAGAAGACGAUGAUGAAACACCGUUUGUGUACUCGAGUAACAAUAACGAUGAAAAUGGUGACAGCAAUGAUAAGUCUCCAAUCCGAGAAUCGCCCGAAGAUACGUUUGUAUAUCAGCCUAGUAAUGAAGACAAGAAGGUGCCUGGAUCACCUAAAGCAACACCAUAUGUUAUUGGACAUAGUUCCAGUACAGGAAGCGAUUCAGAUGUGGGCUCUGGUAACGCUGAAAUCGCACCAGUGUUUACCAAAGUCUCCGAGAGUAAAGCGGUGGAGAACAUCGGCGGUGUUGAUGAGUUGAACAUCAAAUUGAAUACCGAAGCAACGGAUUGA